AUGGCCGAGGCUCGGCCAGAGGAAGACGAGGAGAAUAUGAGAAGGGAGGCCGGGGAGCAAGUGGUACGACGGCAGUCGGACGGUCGCCCUGGCAGGAGAAAGCCAGAGAAUCGUCUCAGCCAAGGUCCGCUUUGGGCCCUCAGAGCAGCCAUCAAAAGAUCCACCAGCAGGUCCAGUUUCUCUGACCAACCGCGUGACAGAAACCGAGACGGCAACGCCAGGCGACCGGAGAUCACCGUCUUGUCGGCCGAACCGCUACCCUCACCUUCCUGGUUGGCAGGAACACCCGGCACCUUCCCGCCUCCGCCGCCUCCAGCUGCGCAAAUCUGGGGACCCACAAUCCCGCCGGACGUACAGCCUCCUCCCUCAUAUGAGGACGUGAUAAGAGAGAAGACACAGGAACAGGAAGUGCAUUCAUCAUCACCUGCUCCAUCACCAUCAACAUCAUCAUCUCAUCCAGCUAAAAGAACGACCAUUGCUACUCAGACAGACACUGGAUCCUCUUCUGGAGCUCAAGCUGAACGGCUCAAACCGCAGCGGCCGCCGAUACCCGCAGCUCCGUCUCAAGCCAAUGGUGAAGUCGCAUCCCCUUUGACCCCAGGCCCUGAGAGCGAGCAAUUGGCACCGUCCCCCUGCGCCAACGAGGCACAACGCCCCAGACCCCGUCCCCGCCCCCGAUCCAGUCUCGCCACAACCCCGGUCAGCAACGAGGUCAAGGUUCAGACUUUGGUGAAAUUGCGAGAGGACGGCCUGGCCACGCUCGCGGCCCUCGCUCGCAGUGACGCCACCAAGCAGGACGCGAGUGGUGGUAAAUACCUUCAAGAGCUCUUAGAGGCCUUCAGCUCUGACGACUGGGGCUUUCCUGAACAGCAAGGGGACGACAGCGGUCAUAGCCUGUCUGAAGAAGAGGAGGAAGAAGACAUGGCGACUCUAAGGGCGAGGAUCCAGGCCUUCGAGAAGCAGCAGGUAGCGCUUGAUGGGAGUGGCGGUGACGCGGAUAUGACUGAGGACGUGGUCGCCAAGAGACCUGAACCCCGGCCGCGUCCUCGUUUGCAAGUGCAACCCGCCAAAAUGCAACCUCCUGUUCUUGCUCCUAAACCGAAAAGCCUGUCAAAAUCGGCCUCUGCAGAUGAAACCUCCCCUGAGAUCCCCAAACCAAAACCACCGCCAGUCACUGAGCCCCUCUCGACUCACCUCCCCCCCACCGCUCCCUGCCCUGCACCUGUCCCAGCUCCAAGGCUCCCACCGGUCAAAACCACCCCAGAUGAAAACACAACCAAAUUUUUAUCCAGACCAACGGUUGCACCUCGGACAAGCGUUGGGACACCACCGCACGAGAAGGCACCCUCAGCCAGACACGUCACCCCAAUGAGGCCCCCUAGACCUUCCAUGAAGGUCAGCAGGAGGCCACCGCCUCACAGUCAGGAUACUAUAGACCUCACAGGUCCCUCUCUGGAGCUGAAUGCCGUCCCCUUUAAGACUCCCGCACUGGGUCCGGCUCCCGUCCAAACAAAAGUGAUCUCCACGGGCUUUAAAAAGGCAGAAAGUCUCUGCGAGCCUCCUCUACCUCCAAGGCCCUCAAAUGUGAAGCACCUCCCUCCCAGGCCUCCACCUAUCAAAUCCGUCCCUGCCCGGCCGCCACCUCCCGCCUCGGCCUCGCCUGUGAACCGUCCGCUUACGCCGUCUUCCUUGACGGGAGUCAAUCACAGAGCAUCAAAGCGAGGGCCGCCUCUGCCCCCUCGCCCCAAGCCUGGACAUCCGCUGUUUCGGGACAACAUGAAGCAGGAAGUCCUCAUCGUCUUGGAUGAACUGCCACCUGAGCCUCUGACGACCUCCGUCACAGGGCUUUCAUCAGAGUGUCUCCUGGAUCUUGACGUCUUUCCCCCAGCACAAUUACCGGAACCUGUGGUGGAGGUUUAUCAGCAGAAACAAACCGAGCUGCCUCCUCUCAGCAUCCCUCGUCACGUGGCUUUGUACGACUUUGAGGGAGCCCAAGAUGACGAGCUCACCUUCGCCCAGGGAGAUGCCAUCAGCCUGCUGGAAGUGGUGGACCAACAGUGGGGCCGCGGCCAAAUAGGCGGACGUGUCGGGCUCUUUCCAAUGAGCUUUACCCAGCUCGCCGAGGACCGUCCGUUAGAAAUUUCUGUGGUACUGACACCUUCAAAAGAAAUGGAGGUGGAAGAAUGGGCAUUGGCGCUGUUUGACUUCGCCGGUCAGACUGCGGAGGAUUUGUCUUUCCACAAGGGGGCGCACAUCCAAGUGAUCGAACAUGUAGACUCCGAGUGGAGGAGGGGGCGACUCGCCGGGAAGGAGGGGCUUUACCCCGUGGCUUUCACGCAACCCUGCCAAGCUCCACCAAUCGCAAGUUCCAAGGCGGCAGUGAAGGGUGUGGCCAAAGCUUUAUUUGCUUUUACCGCCGAGAACGAAGACGAGCUCACAGUUAAGCCUGGCGACAUUAUCACACAAGUGGAGUCUAGUGAUGAGCAGUGGAUUGUGGGAGUUGUUGGUGGUAAGCGUGGAAUGGUGCCCAAAAACUACAUUUUACUACUUUGA